UGCGUCAUUGCGCAGGGAAGCCUCCACACCUCUGGCCUCAAUUGGUUUCCCCAUCAUUUCCCAGUCCUCUCUGAAACCCGCCUGCGGUGUUGUCCCGACGAAGUCUGUUAUUAUAGAGUUGGUUUAGCCAGCGCUCGCGUUAAUGAUUUCAUCGCCAGAGUACAAAUCUGACUGUAAUUUUCAUAUCUUCCCUCCGUGCAGACUUUACGAAUGAUCCAGCCCACAUUGGAUGUAUUUGUAAUAAACAUUUCUUAAGGAAUACGCCAUUCAUAUCAAUGCUUCAACAUGCAGCCCCCACCGAGAAAGGUCAAAGUAACUCAGGAGCUGAAGAAUACUCUCAUAGAGCAGAUGACCAGACUGCACCUCAAACAUCAGACCGAAUGUGACCUGCUGGAGGACAUGAGGGCAUACAGUCUGAAGAAGGGCCAGUUGGAGAGGGACUAUGUCCAGGCUCUGCAGAAGCUGGCCAGUCAGUACCUGAAGAGGGAUUGGCCAGGCAUCAAACCAGAGGACCAAGGCACAGACUACAGGAAUGUGUAUGCUGUGUGGCGGUCCUAUCUGAAAGGGACAGUACAGGUGACUCAGUCUCGCAUCAACGUGUGUGACAACUACAAGAAUGAGAUCUCAGAUCCUGCUAAAACUGUACGGCUAUACAAGGAACAGCAGCUCAACAAGAGUAUAGAACAGUUGAAUCGUAUCCAGGUGGAGCUGCAGGACUCUGUGAAGGACCUGGCCAAAGCCAAGAAGAAAUACUACGACUCAGAACAGGUGGCUCAGGCCAUUCGAGAGAAGGCUGACAUCGAGGCCAAGUCAAAGCUGGGUCUGUUUCAGUCCAGGAUUAGUUUACAGAAAGCCAACGUUAAGUUGAAAGCCAAGAGGAGUGACUGUAACUCUAAAGCAACCCAUGCCAGGAAUGACUACCUGUUAACCUUGGCAGCAGCCAACGCUCACCACGACCGCUACUACCACACAGACCUGCUGCACUGUAUACAGGAGUUGGAUGGCGGGAUAUAUAACCAUGUGAAGGACUAUCUGAUCUCUAUCUGUCAGACAGAGCUGGAGGCCUUUCAGGUCAUACACAACACCUUCCAGUUCUUACUGGACAAAUCCACCCGGGUGGUGCAGGAGUUUAACCAGCAGCUCUUCAUGCAGGAGAACCCUGUGUUUCAUAAAGCACAAGACUUCCAGUUCCAACCCAGCGACUGUGACACGACUCUGAGCUCGGUGCAGAAGUUGGUGGACAUUGAGCCUUCGCCCAUCAGUGUCAUGAGGAUGACGCUGGCACAGAGUCGUAAGUUGGAGACAGACACGGGGAGCCCGACAGAGGAGCACAGUCUGAACAAGGAGGCCAGGAAAUGGGCAACCAGAAUGGCCCGAGAACACAAGAAUAUUGUCCACUACAAGAGAAGCCUGGAGGAAUGUGAGACACUGGGAGUUCCUCAAACAGAGCAGGGCCGGCUUGAUCUGGAGCUGAAGAUAGAGGAUACCAAAGAGAACAUCCGCAAGGCUGAGACAGUAAAGCUGAAGGCAGAGGCUCGUUUGGACCUGCUGAGACAGGUGGGCGUUGCCGUGGAUACCUGGCUGAAGAGCGCCAUGAACCAGGUGAUGGAGGAGCUGGAGAAUGAGCGCUGGGCUACGCUAAACUAUACUACCCACGAUCCCUCACUCUCGGGCCCAGUUGACCUGGAGCGGUCGGAGGGUGAGGAGAACAUGGAGGUGUUUGAUGACAGCAACUCCAGCCCCUCUGGGACUCUCAGGAACUACCCACUCACCUGCAAAGUCCUCUACUCAUACAAGGCAUCUCAGCCAGAUGAGUUGAGUAUAGAGGAGCAUGAGAUGUUGGAGGUGAUAGAGGAUGGAGACAUGGAGGACUGGGUCAAGGCGAGAAGUAAGACAGGGCUGAUUGGCUACGUCCCAGAGAAGUAUCUUCAGUUCCCCACCUCUAGCAGCCUACUGAGCAUGCUCCAGUCUCUCGCUGUGUUGGACGCUCGCUCACACACCUCCUCCAACUCCACCGAGCCAGAGAUACACACUGGCAGCAUCAACGGAGACGCCAGCUUGAGUUUUGUGAGGGCGCUGUAUGACUACGAUGGUCAGGCGGAUGAGGAGCUGUCCUUCCCAGAGGGGGCUGUCAUCCGUCUGCUUAACAGAGACACCCAAACAGACGAUGGCUUCUGGGAGGGAGAGUUCAACGGACGAGUGGGAGUCUUCCCUUCUGUACUGGUGGAGGACCUGACUGAGAGCAGAGAGAACAGAGUAGACAAACUGAUCUCUCCAUCUUCGAGGCUGCCCUCCUCGUUGCCCCCCCUCCCUCUGUAUGAUCAGCCCCCCUGCAGCCCCUACGCCACCCCAGACACCCCCACCCCUCCGCUCCUCCCUCGAUCUCCCUCUGUCAAUGGGGAACACAAGCCACCUCCCACAAUGUUCAAGGGACCCACUCACAAUCAUAGUCCAGUGUCUCCAGAGUUCCCCCAGCCCUCCCGGUUCACCCCCGACGGAGGCAUCAGCACACUACGACCUGUCCGUGCAGCACCUCCGCCCCCCAAGCAGAAACCUCACAAACAGACAGAGAAGACUGAGGAGGUGGAGAUCACACUGGUGUGACAGACAGACAGACAGAGAAGACUGAGGAGGUGGAGAUCACACUGGUGUGACAGACAGACAGAGAAGACUGAGGAGGUGGAGAUCACACUGGUGUGACAGACAGACAGACAGACAGACAGACAGA